AUGGAUGACCUCUACGAUGAAUUCGGCAACUUCAUUGGCGAAGCUGUCUCCGACGACGAGGGCACCCAGGAUGGCGAUGCUGGUCAAAACUAUGUUUACGAUGAGGACUCGGAACCAGAUCAGCAACCUCAGGAUGACCAGUUAAUGGACGUGGAUGACGAAGGACCCUCAAAUGCUGUCAUAUUACACGAAGAUAAGCAGUAUUACCCCACGGCGCAACAGGUCUACGGGGAGGAUGUCGAGACUCUGGUCCAAGAAGAAGAUGCGCAACCACUCGCACAGCCGAUUAUCGCACCAGUCGCCCAAAAGAAAUUCCAAGUCCAGGAGGCAGAACUUCCUCCGGUCUCCUAUUCAAGAGAGUUCAUGACGGAUCUUCUCAGCUUUCCAGAUGGGAUCAGAAACAUUGCAGUGGCAGGACAUCUACACCAUGGGAAGACCGCCUUUGUGGAUAUGUUGGUGAUGCAGACACAUGACCUACAAGAGAGACUUGACAAGAGAAUCGGCAGGAGAAGAGACGAGCAACUCAGAUACACAGAUACGCAUUUCCUAGAACGAGAACGAGGGGUUUCCAUCAAGGCCGCUCCGAUCAGCCUCACCAUGCAAGGCACACGAGGAAAGUCACACAUUCUCAAUAUCAUCGACACUCCUGGACAUGUCAACUUUGUGGACGAGGUGGCGUCAAGUCUUAGAUUGGCUGAUGGAGUCGUCCUCCUGGUAGAUGUGGUUGAAGGUGUUCAGGUUAAUACUGAACAAGUGAUCAAGCAUGCGGUGUUAGAAGAUCUGCCGAUGGUCCUGGUCAUAAACAAGAUGGAUCGAUUGAUCCUUGAGCUGAAAAUUCCCCCCGCAGACGCUUAUUUCAAGCUGAAGCACGUGGUUGAGGAAGUCAAUACCGUCAUUGAGAACACGAUACCUGGACGAGGAGAAAAGAGGAGGCUGUCACCUGAAAAGGGGAAUGUUGCUUUUGCUUGUACAUCAAUGGACUGGAUUUUCACACUUCCGUCAUUUGCAAAGAUGUAUGCCGAGACCUAUCCGAAAGUCGAUGCGUCCGAGUUUUCCAGACGGUUGUGGGGCGACAUUUUCUUCAACCCUCGGAGUCGCAAAUUCACUAGAAAGGGAGUGGAGGAGGGCUCAAAACGAUCCUUUGUGAAUUUUGUGCUCGAACCUAUUUACAAACUAUACUCUCAUACCAUCAGCGAGAGUCCAGAGGACCUUGGUCCGAUUCUGAACACCCUGGGAAUAACUUUGAAGCCUUCACAGCUCAAGUCCGAUGCAAAAGUGUUGCUCCAGUUAGUCUGCGCGCAAUUCUUUGGGCCUGCGAGUGGCUUUGUCGAUAUGAUCGUCCAACACCUUCCGUCCCCUGUGGACGGAGCGAAGAGGACACUUGAAAAAUACUACACGGGCCCCCUAGAUUCAAUCGUCGGCGAGGCCAUAUCAAAAUGCGACUCGGACGGUCCCCUCGUUGUUCACGUCACAAAACUCUUCACCUCGCCAGAUGCGAAAUCAUUCCAGGCCUUUGGUCGCAUCAUGUCCGGUACAGUUUCAUCUGACCAGCCGGUUCGAGUUCUCGGAGAGUCAUACAGCCUCGAAGAUGAAGAGGACUCGGCAAAGGCAACAGUAACUGGCGUUUAUCUCGGAUGCUCUCGAUACAAUAUUCCUGUUUCGGGAGUGCCUGCCGGGAAUCUCGUUCUCCUUUCUGGAAUUGACAAUUCGAUCGUCAAAACGGCAACUGUGAUCGCCGAAACGUUUCCAAAUGACGAGGAUGCAUAUAUUUUUCGACCGAUUCGGCACUUUACCGAGUCUGUAUUCAAAGUCGCCGUUGAGCCGGUCAAUCCAUCUGAACUUCCCAAGAUGCUCGAGGGCCUACGAAAAAUCAACAAGUCUUAUCCCCUCAUCACCACCAAGGUCGAAGAAUCAGGCGAACAUGUUGUUCUCGGCACAGGUGAGCUAUACAUGGACUGUGUGCUACAUGAUCUCCGAACCUUGUACGCAGAAAUGGAUAUCAAAGUGUCAGAUCCGGUUACUCGAUUCUGUGAAACCGUCACCGAGACUAGCGCCAUCAUGUGUUACGCCUUAACCCCCAACAAAAAAAACAAGCUGACCAUGAUCGCUGAGCCGCUUGAUGAUGGAAUCGCCGAGGAUAUUGAAGCUGGAGUUGUUCAGAUUCGGGACCCCAUCAGGAAAGUGGCCCACUUCUUUGAGGAAAAGUACGAGUGGGACAAAUUGGCGGCCAGAUCUAUAUGGGCAUUUGGUCCAGAGGAAAUGGGCCCGAAUAUUCUUUGUGACGACACCUUGCCGUCAACAACCGACAAGAAACUCCUGAAAUCGGUUCAAGAAAGCAUCAAACAAGGAUUUGCCUGGGGCACACGUGAAGGUCCAUUAUGCGAAGAGCCCAUUCGUAAUGCCAAAUUCCGUGUCACGGGAGCUGAACUGGCUCCUGAGCCUAUUUUCCGAGGUGGCGGCCAGAUUAUCCCUACUUCUCGACGUGCGGUCUACAGCUCCUUCCUGAUGGCUGGUCCGCGGCUUAUGGAACCGAUUUAUAGUGUUCAUAUGACGGGACCCGCAGAUUCCAUCUCGGGACUUUACACAGUGCUGAUGAAAAGACGAGGGCACGUGGUAUCUGAUGGACCCGUGGCGGGUACGCCCCUCUAUGCUGCAAAAGCACUUCUUCCAGUGAUCGACAGCUUUGGCUUCGAGACGGACCUUCGCAUCCACAGUCAAGGAGCCGCCAGUGUCUCGCUUGUUUUCGAUCGUUGGGAUGUGGUUCCUGGAGAUCCAUUGGACAAGAGUAUUCGUGUGAGACCCCUCGAGAUGGCAGGACCCCAGCAAGCAGCGAGAGACUUUGUACUCAAGACAAGGCGAAGAAAAGGCUUAAGUGAGGAUGUGGAUGUCAAGAGAUUCUUGGAGCCAGAAUUGCUGGCAGGGUUGCGAGAAAGUGGUGUCCUGGAUUAA